AUGGAGGAGGGGUCAAGAACAACAAUGUUUUUAAGCAGCUGUAGGAAGAACUUGGUGGUGCAGUUCCUACUGAAGCACAGCAUCGAUGGAGUGCUCACAAGAGGGGCAGUUAUGGAGGCAGCAGAGGAGUACGGCAUUAGCAGGAAGACAGUUUACAGGCUCUGGAACAAAGCAAAACAGCAGAUGCAAAGGGGGGAACCUGCAAUCAUGGAAGGCAAGGUUAAAGGCUAUCAUCAUUCUGAUAAAUUCAGUCUAGAUGAAGAAAAGGUAAGAGCUUUAUCCACACUUGAAAGGUCUUCAAUAAGGAAAAUGGCUCACAAAUUGUCUGUUAGCAAAAACACAUUAGGUAGAGUUCAGUUUGAAAGCAUGCACAAUGUUGUGCAUAUUGAUGAAAAAUGGUUCUAUAUGACCAAGACAUCAGAUAGGCCUGUUUUUGGCUUGGAUGGCCAAACCAAAUUUGAUGGAAAGUUGGGUAUUUUCCCUUUUACUGAAUUGGUUGCAGCACAAAGGAAAUCCAAGAAUAGGGCUAAAGGCACACUUGAGACUAAACCAAUUUCUUCAGUGAACAAGAGUGUGAAGAGGGACUGCAUUAUCAACAGGAUUGUACCAGCAAUUAAGGCCAAGUGGCCUGAGUGGGCAAGCAAAGAGAUCUAUAUCCAGCAAGACAAUGCCACACCCCACAUAAAUGGCGUGGAUGCUGAAUUUGAGGCUGUUGCCAAAUCAGAUGGAUUUAAAAUCCAUCUGAUUUGUCAACCACCCAAUUCGCCAGACACCAAUAUUUUAGACCUAGGGUUUUUCAGAGCCAUUCAGACAUUGCAACAUGAGAAACCAUGCAAUAAUGUUGACACAUUGUUGGAGAAUGUGUGUAGCUCUUAUGAAGAGCUGUCACCACAAACCCUAAACAAAGUAUUCCUAUCAUUGCAGGCUUGCCUCACAGAGAUCAUGGUAUUUAGGGGUGGGAAUAAUUACAAGGUCCCUCACAUUAACAAGGCCAGGUUGGAAAGAACUGUUGGACUGCCCAAUGCACUGGAUGUAGAUGAAGAUCUUGUGAGAGAUGUGUUGGAGUACUUACAGCAACCAGAGAACAAUGCUGGUUGUGGAUAUGACAUUAUGGCUUUGGCUAAUGCUUUUGGCUUCUAG